CUCCAAACAUUUUCAAAUUAAAUUUUCUAAGUGUCUCGUAUAAUAAAUGGCGAAAUUCGGGUUAGCUCUUGUGAUGAUUCUUGUGAUUCAAGGGUUUGUGAGCUUUUCAGAAGCACAAUUGAAGAUGGGAUUCUACGACCAAACUUGCCCUUACGCAGAGAAGAUUGUACAAGAUGUUGUCAACCAACAUAUCCACAAUGCACCCUCUUUGGCUGCUGGCCUUAUUAGGAUGCAUUUUCAUGAUUGCUUCGUUCGGGGUUGUGAUGGUUCAAUCUUGAUCAACGCGACAUCGAGCAACCAACAAGUCGAGAAGCUUGCUCCUCCGAAUCUAACUGUUAGAGGUUUCGAUUUCAUCGAUAAAGUAAAGUCUGCUCUAGAAUCAAAGUGUCCUGGAAUUGUCUCCUGCGCUGAUAUCAUCACCCUCGCUACUAGAGACUCUAUUGUUGCGAUUGGUGGACCGACAUGGAAUGUUCCAACGGGACGCAGAGACGGACGUAUCUCUAACUUUGCCGAGGCUAGGAACAAUAUUCCUCCUCCUUUCGGAAACUUCACGACUCUUAUAACCCUCUUUGGAAACCAAGGACUUGAUGUUAAAGACCUUGUCUUGUUAUCCGGUGCGCACACUAUUGGAGUGUCUCAUUGCUCCUCCUUCUCAAACCGUCUAUUCAAUUUCACCGGAGUUGGAGACCAAGAUCCGUCGAUGGACAGCGAAUAUGUCGACAAUCUCAAGUCACGGAGAUGUUUGUCUCUCGCUGACAAUACCACAACAGUCGAAAUGGAUCCCGGUAGUCGAAACACCUUCGAUCUUAGCUACUACAAGCUUGUCCUGAAGCGUCGUGGACUUUUCGAGUCAGAUGCUGCAUUGACUAUGAAUCCCGCGGCAUUGGCUCAGGUCAAACGCUUUGCCGGAGGAUCGGAGCAAGAGUUCUUUGCUGAGUUCUCGAAGUCCAUGGAGAAAAUGGGAAGGAUUGGGGUUAAAACCGGGUCGGAUGGGGAGAUCCGAAGAACAUGUGCAUUUGUUAAUUAAAAGUGUUUCUUACUUUUUCUUUGGAAUCUUUUUUUUUAAAAUAUCGUUACAUUGGUGUUUUUGUUCUUUUUGUCAAACUUUUUUGGGUGUUUACAAUUUCGAGAUAUGUAUUAUUGUAUGUGGUGAAAAUGUGAUUUUCAAAUAAAUUUCACAGUUGUUA